CAAGGCCUGCCCAUGCCGGCCAGGCUCGGCCCUGCACCUGCGCCUUUAAGGACCAGAACCUUCCAGGUCAGGUGACCCCGUCGCCUAGCAACAGGACGCUGUGCUUUUGCUGCACCCCAAGGCCAAGCUACGGACUCUUAGGGGGACUUUGGCUGUGGGGAGUUUUUCCUUUUAGAGACCAGAUGUCGGGGGAACACCCCCAAGAGUGCAAGGAAAUCCCCAAGUGUGCGGAACACCCCCCCACCUGCGAGACACCCCCCCGAGAGUGUAAGGUGAGCGCCCCCCGGUGCGAAGAACACCCCGAAGAAUGCGCGAAGCCCGUGACACCCGGGGCCAAGGCCCCGGAGAAGACCAGCGACUACUACCACGUGAGCCAGCGCCUGCCAGUCAGGUUCAACCACCCCGCCUGCUUUCAGGGCUACAGCAGCCGGGAGGCCGUCUCCGUGUACCGGACGAGCAACCAGACCUACGGGAGCAGAGCGCCCACUGUGCACGAGAUGCCGAAAGAAUAUUACCCAACUUCAAACAAGUUUUCCAAACAGCAGGCAGCGUGUGGAAUGUUCCAGAGCAAUGCUUUCAACGUCUACCUGGAGAGGAGCGUCGUGACGGGUCCUGACAACUAUAUCACCCCCUGCGACCGGCUCAACUUCCACCCUAGUUACAAUGCCAACAGGCCGUCCUUCUGUGACUGAGGGCCACUGCCCCCCGAAAUCCCCCACGCCCGCCAGCCACUGCCUUCCCGAGGCC